GCACCGCGGGCCGGAGCCGGAAACGGAAGUGCAGACCGCCGUAUCCACACACACCGGAGGCCUCGGCAUGGCGCGCCGCGGGGAAGCCGGAGGCGAAAGCGAGGACCGGCGGGGCGCCAAGCGGAAAGCUGCGGCCGAGGCCGCUCGGGAUGACCCCGGGGACGGGGAGACGGGGAGCGGAGCUCCGGAGGCGCCGCAGCCGCGGCCUGCGGCCUUCCCGCCGGGCUUCAGCAUCUCGGAGAUCAAGAACAAGCAGCGGCGCCACUUCAUGUUUGUGCGCUGGAAGCAGCAGCAGCGAAAGGAAAAAUUGGCAGCUAAGAAAAAGCUUAAAAAAGAAAGAGAGGCACUUGGAGAUAAGGCACCACCGAAACCAGUGCCUAAGACCAUUGAAAACCAGAGAGUUUAUGAUGAGACGAUAGUCGACCCCAAUGAUGAAGAGGUUGCUUAUGAUGAAGCUACAGAUGAAUUUGCUUCUCAUUUCAACAGACAGACUUGUCCCAAGAUUCUUAUUACCACAUCAGACAGGCCUCGUGGGAGAACAGUAAGGUUCUGUGAACAGCUGUCCACUGUUAUACCAAACUCACAUGUUUAUUACCGAAGAGGACUAGCUCUAAAAAGAAUUAUACCUCAGUGUAUCUCUCGAGAUUUCACAGAUUUGAUUGUUAUUAAUGAAGAUCGUAAAAUACCAAAUGGACUCGUUUUAAGUCAUUUGCCUCAUGGUCCAACUGCUCAUUUUAGAAUGAGCAGUGUUCGCCUCCGCAAGGAGAUAAAGAGGAAAGGGAAAGAACCCACUCAGCAUUCGCCUGAAGUCAUUCUGAAUAAUUUUACAACAAGACUGGGUCAUUCCAUUGGACGUAUGUUUGCUUCUCUCUUCCCCCAUGAUCCUCAAUUUAUUGGAAGGCAAGUUGCAACAUUUCAUAAUCAGCGGGAUUACAUCUUUUUCAGAUUUCACAGGUACCUUUUUAAGAGUGAAAAGAAAGUGGGAAUUCAAGAACUUGGACCACGGUUUACCUUAAAAUUGAGAUCUCUUCAAAAAGGAACCUUUGAUUCCAAGUAUGGAGAAUAUGAAUGGGUUCAUAAGCCCCGUGAAAUGGACACAAGUAGAAGGAAAUUUCAUUUAUGAAAUUUUGAGAAAGCAGGACUGGACACCACCAGACUGGGAUGUUUUAAAUUCUAAGAAGACAAAUUCACUUUUCAGCCAUAUAUAUGUUAAAUUCAAAGAACAAUCAAGGGAAGGACCUUCAUUAUCAGCUCUGUGUUGUAAUAAUAAAUGAGUAUUGAAGUAUGUUCUUUAUUAAUAUAUUCAUUUUUUAUAACUUUGACCUUCUACUGAAAACUGGGAAUAGCAUAACUUUGUUAGCUUGUUGUCUGAUAGAAAACUGAAUAGUUGUGGAAUGGCUGAAAAGAUAACCAGACUAGAAGUCCAGAGACCCAAGAUUCAAAUUCCUCUCUGGUCACACACCAAAUUAUUGAAAGAGCCUCUUUGAAUCUGUUGAUCAUAUAGAUGACAAUCUUUCAGUAUUCUAUGAUGUUGGUGUGAUAGGGGCCAGAAAGAGAAUCUACAAAUUCAAAACUCUUCACCACUACCAAAGUAACUCAAAGAACAUCCUGUAUGAAUCAAGUUUAUGCAUAUGUAUAUUGAACAUUUGAUCCUGGUUUAUUACCAUAGGAUUCUUUUUCCUUCUUUAUUUAAAAGAUUUUAUUUUUACCCCAUGAUCCCUUAAAACCCAUCAUUAACACUUAAAAAGAACUACAAAAAUGUGAUUUUCAUCUGAAUACUUUAUUGUAUUCUUGCCAGUGUACAAAACAGAAAUGAAUGAAAAUUCGGAGAGGUAGAUGAGAAAGUCUGACACAAGUUGAAAUUUGGAUGAUUAACUUGGCACAUUGUUACACAUAUAUUGAUUAAAUUUUUGUGCAGGCUUCAGAAUUCUCUCUCCUUUGAAUAGUCACAAUUCACAUCACAAAACAUCACAACACGUCACAGAUCCACAUAUGAAGACUGGAUUCAGAGAUCUAAAAGAAAAAAUUACAGGGGAAAACAAUUAUUCUUAAAGAAGAAUAUCUUCAUAUAUUAUUAAUUACACUAAAAACAAGCAAACAAUCCUAGAACACUCAGAAAAGGGGAUAUAGUAGAGUGUUUGUAUUGAGUCAGAAGACAUGGAUUUUAAUUCUUACUCUUACUUUUUGCUAUAUAUCCUGUGAAUUUUUAAAAAAAGAGUCAUUACCAGAUUCUCAUCUUUAUAAAAGGCAAGUGCCUCCAAAGAUUUUAAAAACUAAGUAACAUAUUUGUAUACCCAUUAUUCAUUGAUUCAUGAAUGAAGCUGGAAUUCUAACACUAUGUUAAAUAUAUAACCUACUAUGUAACUAGUAACCCUUUGUAUUAAAAUAAAAAUACUUUACACUGGUG